AUAUGCAGAACCAACAACUACACUUGUUUUCUGUAUAUCCUUGUGUGAUCAUGAAUUCCUCCUCCAUUUAUAUUCUUGUCUUUGUCCAGCUUUGGUUGUUGAGCUUACCAUGCAGAGAGAGUGUGUGCAUCCCAAGUGAGCGUGAGACACUUUUGAAGUUUAAGAAUAAUCUCAAUGAUCCUUCAAAUAGGCUUUGGUCUUGGAAUCAGAAUAAUACCAACUGUUGCCACUGGUAUGGAGUCCUCUGCCACAGCGUCACUUCCCACGUUCUUCAGCUUCACCUCAACUCUUCACAUUCUCCUUUCAAUGACGACCACGAUUGGGAAUCUUAUCGGAGAUGGAGCUUUGGUGGAGAGAUAAGUCCUUGUUUGGCUGAUUUAAAACAUUUGAAUUACUUGGACUUGAGCGGCAAUAUAUUUUUUGGAGCUGGUAUGUCAAUUCCUUCUUUCCUUGGGACAAUGACUUCCUUGACUCACCUCGACCUCGCUCUUACUGGAUUCAUGGGGAAGAUUCCUCCUCAGAUCGGGAAUCUCUCUAAGCUUCGAUAUCUUGACUUGAGCUUCAAUGAUUUACUUGGAGAAGGUAUGGCAAUUUCUUCUUUCCUUUGUGCAAUGAGCUCCUUGACUCACCUAGACCUCUCUGAUACUGGAAUCCACGGGAAGAUUCCUCCUCAGAUUGGGAAUCUCUCAAAUUUGGUGUAUCUUGACCUGAGUUCUGUUGUUGCCAACGGAACAGUACCCUCUCAGAUCGGGAAUCUCUCUAAGCUUCGAUAUCUUGACUUGAGCGGCAAUGAAUUCCUUGGAGAAGGUAUGUCAAUUCCUUCUUUCCUUUGUGCAAUGACCUCCUUGACUCACCUCGACCUCUCUGGUAAUGGAUUCAUGGGGAAGAUUCCAUCUCAGAUUGGGAAUCUCUCCAAUUUGGUCUAUCUUGGCCUUGGAGGUCAUUCUGUUGUCGAACCUCUGUUUGCUGAAAAUGUAGAAUGGGUAUCAAGUAUGUGGAAGCUUGAAUAUCUUCAUUUGAGUAAUGCAAACCUAUCCAAAGCAUUUCAUUGGCUACACACUCUCCAAUCUCUUCCUUCUUUGACCCGCCUAUAUUUGUCAAACUGCACACUCCCUCACUAUAAUGAACCAUCCUUGCUCAACUUCUCAUCUCUGCAAACUCUCCAUCUUUCCGUUACUAGUUAUUCCCCUGCCAUUUCUUUUGUCCCCAAGUGGAUAUUCAAAUUGAAGAAACUUGUUUCUCUUCAAUUACCGGGUAAUGAAAUCCAAGGUCCGAUUCCUGGUGGUAUUCGAAACCUCACACUUCUUCAAAAUCUUGACUUGUCUGAAAAUUCAUUCUCAUCUUCUAUACCUGAUUGCUUAUACGGUCUUCAUCGUCUCAAGUCUUUGGACCUAAGUUCCAGCAACUUGCAUGGGACUAUUUCUGAUGCCCUGGAAAAUUUGACUUCUCUUGUUGAACUUGAUUUGUCAUAUAAUCAACUUGAAGGAACCAUUCCAACUUCUUUGGGAAAUUUGACUUCUCUUGUUGAACUUGAUUUAUCACAUAAUCAACUUGAAGGAACAAUUCCGACUUUUUUGGGUAAUCUCCGCAACUUAAGGGAGAUAAAUUUAAAAUAUCUCUAUCUCUCUUUUAAUAAAUUCAGUGGAAAUCCAUUUGAAAGUCUUGGAUCACUCUCUAAAUUGUCAUAUCUUUAUAUUGAUGGCAAUAAUUUUCAAGGAGUUGUCAAGGAAGAUGAUCUUGCAAAUCUUACAAGCUUGGAGAGAUUCUUUGCAUCAGAGAACAAUUUAACUUUAAAAGUUGGUUCCAAUUGGCUUCCUAGUUUUCAGCUUACCAAUUUGGAUGUGAGAUCAUGGCAGUUAGGUCCCAGCUUUCCAUCGUGGAUUCAGUCACAAAACAAACUUACAUAUUUAGACAUGUCUAACACAGGGAUUAUUGAUUCUAUUCCAACACAGAUGUGGGAAGCACUUUCUCAGGUUUUGCAUUUUAACCUCUCUCAUAAUCAUAUCCAUGGGGAGCUUGUGACUACAUUAAAAAAUCCAAUAUCUAACCAAAUUGUUGAUCUAAGCACAAAUCACUUACGUGGUAAAUUGCCCUAUCUUUCAAAUGCUGUGUAUGGGUUAGACCUUUCAACCAAUUCAUUCUCUGAAUCCAUGCAAGAUUUUUUAUGUAACAAUCAGGACAAGCCAAUGCAAUUACAAUUUCUCAAUCUUGCAUCAAAUAAUCUGUCAGGAGAAAUACCUGAUUGUUGGAUUAAUUGGCCAUUUCUAGUGGAAGUGAAUUUACAAAGCAACCAUUUUGUUGGGAACUUCCCCCCAUCCAUGGGUUCCUUGGCAGACCUGCAGUCUUUACAAAUUCGUAACAACACACUCUCAGGAAUAUUUCCUACCAGUUUGAAGAAGACUGGCCAAUUGAUAUCCUUGGAUCUUGGAGAAAAUAAUCUUUCAGGAAGUAUUCCACCAUGGGUUGGAGAAAAACUCUCAAAUAUGAAAAUCCUCCGCCUUAUAUCAAACAGUUUUUCCGGUCACAUUCCAAAUGAAAUAUGUCAGAUGAGUCUUCUUCAGGUUUUAGACCUUGCAAAAAACAAUUUGUCUGGCAAUAUACCGAGCUGUUUCAGUAACUUGAGUGCCAUGACACUAGUGAAUCGAAGUACAUAUCCCCGUAUCUAUUCUCAACCACCGAAUUAUACAGAAUACAUUUCGGGAUUAGGUAUGGUUAGUGUGCUACUAUGGCUGAAAGGAAGAGGAGAUGAGUACCGAAACAUUCUGGGUUUGGUAACAAGCAUUGAUCUGUCAAGUAACAAAUUAUUAGGACAAAUACCUAGAGAAAUCACAGAUCUAAAUGGAUUGCACUUUUUGAACUUGUCCCACAACCAAUUGAUUGGUCCUAUUCCAGAAGGUAUUGGUAAUAUGGGAUCGUUACAGUCCAUUGAUUUUUCGAGGAAUCAACUUUCUGGUGAAAUCCCUCCAACCAUUUCAAAUUUGAGCUUUCUAAGCAUGCUGGACUUGUCUUAUAAUCAUUUGAAAGGAAAAAUUCCAACAGGAACUCAAUUGCAAACCUUUGAAGCCUCCAACUUUAUUGGCAACAAUCUAUGUGGUCCACCACUGCCCAUAAAUUGCAGCUCCAAUGGGAAAACUCAUAGUUAUGAAGGAAGUGAUGAGCAUGAAGUGAAUUGGUUUUAUGUCAGUGCAUCAAUUGGAUUUGUUGUGGGAUUCUUGAUAGUGAUUGCUCCUUUGCUGAUUUGUAGAUCAUGGCGGUAUGCCUAUUUUCAUUUCCUUGAUCAUGUGUGGUUCAAACUUCAAUCUUUUCGCUCAGGUGUGUUUCUUCCCAAAUUGUGCAAAUGCUGGUCGACAAAUGGGUGAGAUCAAAAGCUCAGGUAUGGUGGCUGCAGAACCUGUGCACUCUCUUCAAUUUCUCCACAACCUUUUGAUGAUGUAGAUCUCUCAGAUGAACCUGCCGUUGCUCCAUUCCCGCAAUACUAAGUAGUAGUAUUUUUCUUAAUGCUUGCAAGAAAUAAUUUAAAUGAGUGUAUUUUGAUGCUUAAUGCGUGUUUAGUUUGUAAUAAGGAUGUUGCGCUACACACCAAUAUGGAAUGUGUCAUUAAUUUAUGUAUUCUGUUUUGUACAAAAUUUUAAUGCUGGAAGUGGUCUCUCGGACUCUUCCCAUUGAAAACCAGUGUAGCCAGCUUUCAUUAUUUUUGGUUAAUAUAUAUAAAUUGUUCUUUAGUA